GCUUUUACAAGACUAGCAUAUGGAUGUUAGCAGCAGUUGGGGCCAUUCUUACCGAGACAGCUUGUACGUCUAGGGGAAUUAAAAUAUCAGACUCUAAGAUUGUACUAGCAUAAAGAUGUCAGUUUCCAGUCAUUUGCUGCAGAUCUUGGAAGAAGGUUUAGACAAUUUAGUGUUGAUCCAAACAAGCACUGGGUUUGGCUUUCGGGCUCACCUCUUAUCCAAGAAAACUGAUGUGUCUUUGAAGGUACUGACCAAUCAAGGAACAACACAGAAUGCCAAAAAGGAAGUUCUAAAGGAGGCUACCUCUUUAUGUCAAAUCCAGUCAGAGCAUGUUCUGUGUCCAGUUGCAGUGUACCAGUGUCCGAAACUGGUGGGUCUGCUGACAGAGUGGAUGGGGAAUGGUUCUCUGCACUCUCUCCUUUAUGAGGACCACAUAUAUCCAGAUGUGCAGUUGGCCCUGCGAGUCAGAAUUCUGUUAGAUGUUGCUGAAGGUGCAAGCCAUUUGCAUAGGUUAAAUCCUCCAGUUCUGCACCAGGCCAUAAAGCCAUCUAAUGUCCUACUGGAUGGAAGCUACAGGGCUAAGCUUUCAGACUAUGGUUUGACAUUGUGGAGGAGGCAGUGCUUGAAGUCAAUUCCAUUUAACUGCUCCAGUGCUCACAACAGUGAUCUCAUGUACUUGGCCCCUGAAAGGCUGAUGGGGGAGGGUCCCACAGCAGCAGCAGAUGUGUACAGCUUCGGAGUGUUGUGCUGGGAAACACUGAACAGAAGAAAGCCUUUCCAGGACAAGAAGACCAUGAUGGAAGUUUAUGUGGCUGUUUGUAAAGGAGAAAGGCCUGAUGAAGGAACGGAGAUGCUUUCUGUCAGCGCACCACAACGACACCAACUUCAAAAACUAGUCACUCGCUGCUGGCACCAAGAUUCAGGCCAAAGACCGUCAUUUAAAGAAUGCAUAGUGGUACUCCAAAGUGUUCAUGACACAUUCAGCCUGGAGGACAUGCAAAGUGCUGUUCGAGCUGUAACCCAAGCAAAGGAGAGAGCAACAGAGGCCAACAAAGGUCUAAGCACAGAGGCACUACACAUUGACAUUAAAAACUUGGAGCUGUCUGACUCCCACAGCAGGAAUGGCGUUCUCAGGCCACAAAUGGCCCUUAGUGAAAUGUCAACAUUGCCAUUAACUACAGCUGCUGGCGAUCAGUGCAGAAGUAGAGAAAUCAGAAACAGAACACUGUCAGCUGAUGAAGUCCACUCCAGAGGCUAUGCAUCACAAGCCCCUGCAGCAACAAGCACAGGAGAAAUUCCAACCCAGGUUAAAAAAGGACUAGCCCCACGAGCUAGCUGGCCUAGUACAACAGCCACUCCACCAAGCUCAAUAUCCUCCUGGUGCCAGCCUUUGCCACAGCAUUACCAUGCUAGGAGUAACUGUCUGGCACAAAGCAACUGCACGUGCUUUUCAUCAAGACAUCAUACAGCAGGUGCAAGAUUUCAGCCUGAGUUGAGUUGCUGUCAACAAAUCAAGUACUGUCGUGAAGCUAUCAUUAACAGCAUGACUGAAGGAUGUCUUAACCACAUCCUGGAUAUCCUAAGGUCAAAUCAUAAAAUGGCUAAAGGUGACUAUGAACUUAUUACUGCCUCACAAACACUGAGCAACAGGACCAGAGCUCUUCUGGACACAUGUCUCUGCUUAGGGGAGGGGGCAUCCAAAGUUGUUGUGAUGGUACUACUGGCACAAAAGAGGACACCUGCUUUAGGGAACCACUGCAAAGCUGAGUGCCAAAAGUAUCAGUAGUCGAAGACCCCUAUUAAAGUAACUUUGAAGAAAUGUGUUUUGGUAGUGAUGAUGUUCCUUCCUUCUGUGCUCUGAAACACUACUGGAAGUUAAGACAUUUAGAGCAUUUGUCUCAUGCUGUUUGUUUCUGAGAGCACAAAGAAACAAGCUGCACUUAAGAAGCUGACAUUUCCUCAUUUUAAGAAGGCCAGUAUCUCUUACUUAUGACAACAGAUGGACACACCAGCACUAACCAUUAUUUAUUUAGCAUGCCUUAAAGAAUCAAGAUUUGCAGUGGCAAAAUAGAGUGUGUGAAGGAAGCAACAGCCUCUGCAAUGGCAUUCCCCUAUCUUUUCUUGAAUGUAGUAAAAAAGGAUGAUUAGUGCAAACUAAACAUUUAUACAGUUGCUACAGAGACAUAAAAGUUAAAUGCAGCAACCAACCCAAUAAAUGAUUCCUACAAAUGAGACAUAUGAUGGUCUGCAACAUAAGGCUCUUAAGUAAUAC